AGCACCAAUAGCGUUACAGCUUUGAAUAAUUUAUCACAUAAAUGUAUUUCACGGAAAUCUGUUAGAUAAAAUGAAAAACUAAGAUUAUACAAAAUGGUCUUUCCUUAGCCAAGAUCAAGGAGAGGUUCUACGUUUCAUCCUCGUCGUGUGAGACAAUUAUGAGCGGCGGACUGGAUCAAUAGGAACUGUGUUGUCAUUUGUGCAAUAGGGAAAAGAGGGCACGGGUUUUAGCAGUUGCUCCGACCACCAUGACCCGAGUGUUGGCUUGGCUGAUUUUACUCAAAGUUCUACAGGUGUCUACAGGUGGCCUAGUGGUGAUCCAUGCAAGCUCUGAGACCAAGGAGUACUGGGUACCAAGAGAGCAUGUGACACUCGGAGUGCAAGACUCGGACACUGUGGGCUACCUGAUAGAUCAGCUCUGCUACAUCUUUCAUCGCUCGCGCAAGAUGGCACAGCAUAAGGAGAACUACCCUUGCCAAAGUAGAUCAAAAGCGUUAAUGCUCUAUAACCCUGACUCUAAGGCAGAGUACAGAGAUACAGAGUUCUCACUUGGCUUCUACAAGAUAACCAACGGAACUAGACUAUACUUGUACUACUCGUAAUGAGUGGCAAGGCCCCCGACUUGGUUGGCCCCGGAGCGCUAAGACAUAAAUUGUCAGUUGGGUUUUAUAAGGUAACGAAUGGAAGUAGGUUGUACUCAUUCCAAGGGCCAAAGUAUACUACGUUUAAUGAGUAGAUAUAUGACAAAAUGGGGAUGUGAAUUAUCCAAGGUAAAAAUGACAAAAACUGCUGUGCUUGCAUCACAGGCGCAUAGGAAAAAUUUGCU